AGCAGUUCCUCAUAAAUAUUUCUGCUGCCUUGUGUUGGAACUCUGCUCCUCAGCUAGAUUCUCAGUGAGCAGAACAUCCCACAGGACAAUGAGGCUCUCCAUCUUUCUGUUGCUGCUUUUCCCUGCCUGCUCCUGGGCGCUCAUCUGCAAGCAACUCAGCGGCAGGAUGAAGCAGAUCGAUGCGAGCAAUGGGCAGGUGUAUGCAGUGGAUUUCAGGGGAAAUGUAUUCACCAGGAGGGGUGAAUUCUGGGCCAGGAUUCCCGGAAACCUCCACCAUGUCACUGUCGGAGCAUCAGGAGUCUGGGGAGUCGGCAGGGAUGGAGUCCUUUACCGUCUGGUCUCUGGGUUCUGGGCCAUUCUGGCAGGGCAGCUCACUCAGGUGGAUGCUGGCGGGGACCAGAUUCUCGUUGGAGUUGACCGACGUCGCUUCGUAUUUUGUGCCAACAGGAGGGCAGCGGUCUCAGCGGCCAACAGCAACAGCCCAACUUACCACACCAUCCCGGGGAGAAUGAAAUAUUACUCCUGCGGGCCCAGAGCCUGCUGGGGAGUUAACACCGGGGGCAACAUUUAUUGCCGAGUUCACAUCAAGAGGUCAAUUUGCCGUGGGACCCAUUGGGUGAGGGUGCCCGGUCGUCUCUCGAUGGUAGAGGUUGGCACAGAUGGCACAGUCUACGGGAUCAGUCACAGUGGGCAGGUCUACCGCAGAAUUGGAGUCACCAGAAACCGACCUCAGGGGAGGAGAUGGGUCCGAAUGCACUUCCUGCAGAGGAGAUUCCGUCAUGUCUCUGCCGACCUCGGAAUUCUGUGGCUGGUCGAGAGGAAUGGCAAUGUCAUCCAAUGCCAGUGAGAGCCUGCUCCCAGGCCAGUGCAGAGGGUCACUUGUGGCUGCGUUGUGUUGUUUCAUUUCUAAAAGCGUACGCUGUCCUUCUCUCUCUCCCUCUCUCUUUCUCGCUCGCUGGUGGCACCCGGCUCGGGUCGAAUUUGAAUUAAAGUCUCACUCUUA